AUGUACAUACUCAAGUAUGCCACAGUCCUUGGAUGGGCACUCAUCACACUAGCCUCGCCCAUCCAAGACCUAAAAGAAACAUUGAAUACUCUCCACAACACCCUCAGCCCCCGCGUAAACCCCUUCGCCUGUCCGGCCAACAAACUCCACAACCCCACCGUCACAGAAUGGAAAUGGGCCCUAGACACCUACUGCUCGCGCCAUACCCCCACCCUAAUAACCAGCGACUCGCCCCUGAUUUUCACCUACCAGCUGACCGCCUUCGACGAGAAACCGAUCAAAUGGGUCUUCAAAGUGUGGAUCGACGACGGCAUGCGCGAAGUGAGGGGCGGGGUGGGUAAGCCGACCAAGUACUCGUUUAAUCUCGAUAGGGAGUUGUGUAAGAAGAAGUUUAUGAAUAUGGUCACAGAGGGGAAGGGUGGGGGGAUGCCCAAGGUGGUUUGUGAGGUAGGCAAGGAGAAGGUCUUUCGUGGGGGGAGUUAUAGGGAUUGGGUGGUUAAGGGUCAGCUUGGGCAGGCAGUUUGGGAGUCGAGGCGGCUCAAGGGGGAUGAUGGGUGA